AAUCUUCCAGCAGAAGUUAGGGAGGCCCAGGAAAAGAAGUUGGAAGGGCUCAGAAAACAGCAGGAGGUUCAUUCUCGUUUAGCUGUGGAACGCAAAAUGUUCUUGCGAGACAGGAAAAUAAAGUUCUUUGAGAGAAGAAAGAUAGAGAGAAGAAUCAGGCGUUUAGAGAAACUCCAACGUGCUUCCUCUGGUCAAGCGCAAGACGCAGAGAUCGCUGAGCAGCUUUCUAAGUUGAAAGAAGAUCUUGAAUAUGUCCGGUUCUUUCCGAAGACUGAGACAUACGUCUCUUUAUUUACUGGAGGUGAUGAUUCA